ACAGAAAUUUCUAGUUCCGCGCUUCCGCCUUGCACAUGUACAAUGUAGGUUAGUUUUCGGUUUAAAUUGAAAUCUAGAAAGACGACGUUUCCUCUUAAAUGCAUCGUCGAUUUACUGGAUUAAACCAUUGAUGUAAAGUUGCAAACAUGUUACCUGGGAGUAAAGUUUCUUGGCCAUGCUUGGGAAUAACAGCUCUUAACGUCAACAGUGGGUUUAGUGACAAGCGACUGGUAAUGCCAGAGCUGAAAGCUCAGAACCAGUUUACAGAGAACGGUCUCCAAGGCUCGGUCCCAUCAUCGCCUGGGUCGGAUUGCGAGGAAAUAGAUGAUUACACGUCCCUUGAAAUGGAAACAAGAGAAACUAUUGACAUUUUCUUAAAAAACUUUACAGGACUCCCUCAUUCUAAAAUUGGAAAAAAACAAGUUUUGUCAACGAUGAAGCGGGUUGUGGAAACUCUCAUGGUAAAGCACGAAAUCGCUUACAAAGGUAUGAUUGCACGUUUGAAUCUGGAGCAGAAUGGGGAAGAUAUGAGUUUCAUUACGAUUGUGGCAACGGAAAUUUUCAGCGAUGGCAUCACAAACUGGGGCCGUAUUGCAAGCUUUCUGACAUUUGGGGCAAUUGUGUGCAAAUAUCAGAAUGACAGAGGACUUGGCAAGUGUGUGAGUCUGGUGGCGGAUAACAUCGCUUCCUAUCUUCUCACAGCCCAGCGGGACUGGCUGCUCAAAAACAAAGCAUGGGAUGGCUUUGUGGAUUUUUUUCAUGUCCCGGAUACAGAGGCAGCUGUGAGAAACACACUGGUGGCCAUUGGUAGUGUGGCUACAUUUGGAGCUGCACUUGCUUAUUUGAUACGAUGAAUCGAUUCCAUAUGGACUUUUUGACAUCUGUUGAAACAAGAACUCUAUAAUAUAUUUUUUGAGAGCGAACGAAAACAGUUUCAAUGCACGUUUCCCCCCCCUCCCCCAUGUUUUCAUUCAUCCUGUUUAUAAAAGCUAUUCCAACUUCUCUUAAAAUCUAAACUAUUUUUUUAUUAAAAAUAAAAAUGUAAAAUAAUUUUCAGUGGUCAGAUCUGAAUUGUAGGUUAUACUAUCAAUGAUGGAUGAUUUUCUAUGUGGAUUCAUAUUUGAAAUGAUCACUUCCAAGCAGUGUUCUCUGUACAGACAUGAUUUUCAUAAACUUGGCUGAAUUGCGACAAAAGCUCCUUUUGUUGCAAUUGCUGUAUAGUUUUGUGUAAUAAGCCUAGCCAUUUUAAUACGUCACCUUCACAUUUUUAUGGUUUCACUUCCUGUUUCAGAAAUAUUCUUUUGCAAUAUAACACACAUAUAUAAUGUCAGGUGCUGGCUAUAGCUGAUUUAAUAAGCUUUAAAGCUUUUGUCUAAAAGCUCAUAGUUCUGUUUUGAGUCCUAUGACAGUAGUUAAAGCGAUAGUUCACCCCAAUAUUUAAAUUCUGUUAUUUACUCUCCAAGUUGUUUCAAACCUAUAUGAAUUUUUUCUUCUGCUGAAAGCAAAAUAAUAUAUUUUGAAGAAUGUGAGUAACCAAUAUGAUAGUUGAUGGGUCCCAUUAAUUUCCAUAGUAUGGAAAUAAAAUUACAGUGGAAGUCAAUGGGGCAGUUUGGUUAGUGCUGUGUUCAGCAGAAGACAUUCAUAUAGGUUUAGAACAACUUGAACUCACAAGGCUGCUAAUUGUUUUCUUCACUUGCUGGUUAACCUACACUGAACUGUUUAGAGAAGUUUGAGAACAUGUUAUGAUCAUUAAACUUUUUCUGUGAACACUGUUCUCUAAACAGCAAAUUAAAACCAAAAAGCUGAUACCUGUAUUUUCUUUUCUUAGGUGAUUGAAUUGAAACCUUAACUAGUACAAAUAAUUUAUUAAACACUUAUGGCAAGGUCAUAACUUAAUAAGUA